UCAGGCAGCGCGGCUCCGCCUCAGUCUGACCACAACGAGACAACAUGGCGACCGCAGUGAUGCCGCGCUUCAACAUUUCUUCUAAAAACGACCUGGUUCCGGACUGGACCAGUAAGGAAGUCAGCACCGGGACCACCAUCAUGGCGGUGGAGUACGACGGAGGAGUGGUGAUCGGAGCGGACUCCCGCACGACCACAGGAGCGUACAUCGCCAACAGAGUGACGGACAAACUGACUCCCAUCCACGACCGGAUCUUCUGCUGCAGGUCUGGAUCAGCUGCUGACACUCAGGCCAUCGCUGAAGUUGUUGCCUACCAGCUGGGCUUCCACAGCAUCGAGCUGGACGAGCCCCCCCUGGUGGAGACGGCGGCCCACCUGUUCAAAGGCAGCUGCUACCGGUACCGGGAGGACCUGAUGGCCGGGAUCCUGGUGGCCGGCUGGGACCGCCGCAAGGGGGGCCAGGUGUACAGCGUCCCGAUCGGCGGCAUGCUGGUGCGGCAGCCGGUGUCGGUGGGCGGCAGCGGCAGCAGCUACAUCUACGGCUUCAUGGACUCCAACUACAAACCCGGCCUGAGCAAGGACCAGUGCCUGGAGCUGACGGCCGCAGCGCUGGCCCUGGCCAUGGAGCGGGACGGCUCCAGCGGGGGCGUGGUCCGCCUGGCCUCCAUCUCCCAGGACGGCGUGGAGCGCCGCGUGCUGCUGGGGGACCAGCUGCCCCGCUUCUCCACCCACUGAGGGGCGGGGCACGGGGAGCUCCGCCCACCGAGACCCUCUGCUGCGUCUGCCGCUUCUCAAUAAAGACUGUUCCU